AAUCGUAUCUCUUUCAGUACGAGACUUCAUGUCGCACGAUUCGGAUCUAAUUCGUCUUCCGCCGUGUGGUCGUUUGAAUUGGACGGUUUGUGGUUUGUCUUCCCUUCUCCCAUUUAGUUGAAAUACUCCAGAUUCAGACCUGCCAGAUCCGAUCCGAUAGAUCUACGCAUAGACUACACUGCCGCGCCUAGAAUCUACGCGUAAUAGAUAUUCCUGAGUGCCUUCUCGUUCCGUAGACUACGUCAGGAAAACGGAAACUCAAAAAAAAAGCGAAUUAGUCACACUGCCACCUAGUUUUCAGUGUUUGCUAGUGUUACAAAACAAUCCGGGAAAUACGCCAGUAGCAAUUUGGAGAACACAUUACCUCCAGGAAGAUAGAACUUGAAGAGGUAUUCUACAAAAAAACACCAUCAGUGCCUUAAUGUAGAAUCUACCGGUCUAUGGAAGCAGGGGAGCGCCGGUGUAGCAAGAGAAGAAGCAGUGGAGCCGUAAAAUUUAAUAACAAUUUCGCGCAGCAUUCUGCUACGAGUUUGUUGCUGUUGUUGGUUGUUUUGUUGCUGACUAUGAAAUAACGAGAAUAAAAGUGAAUUUUCGGUCGGUUGGCUUCUUUUCGCCUUCCCUUUCGAUUGCUGGCGGCGGUUGAUGCGGUUGUUCAGCGACACGGGAGUUGGCUAGUUUUGUUGCGUUCGUUCGUCUGUUUGUUGAUGCCUACCUCAAAUAAUAUCCACAAAAAGUAAGAAGGUGUCUGUACAUAACCAAAAGUGUUGUGCGGUGUGUCUGUCGAUCGUAGAUUCUCGCGUCGAAAGAAGAACCCUCGCGCACAGGAAGAGAGCCCGGCAGAUUGUAAUUAUCCGCCUUACUAUAAACAUACAUCUGGUAAGGUGCUGCGUGUUGUUUUCGUGUUUCUCCGCGUAUUUGAUGACUUCGUAGAUCGUGGGUCGGAAGAAGACGAGAGGUGCACGAGAGGCUUAGCUUUCUAUAUACUUUUUUGGGAAUAGAACAUUGGAUGGUGUUUUUGCGAGUGAAGAAGUGUAGUGCCCCAAGAAUUCCGGAAUUGGGGAAGAAAAAUAAAUAGGUGCCUUUGAACAAUUACUUGCUAGAAGGAUUGGCUGGUGGACAGGAACGCUGGAGCCGGUGGCCAAGGGAGCCCGAACAUGAUGGACAGUUGGAUGCAAGAAGUGGUUUCCAUGAUGGCAGGCGAUGGGACGCCCGCUCGAAUCAAACAGGAAUUGAUUGAAACCUCCUGCUGCAGCCCAUCACCGUCGUCCGGGGGAAGCUUGUCGCAGAAUCUGCUCUACGGCACUUCACAGAAUGCUAAGAUGGACUACAAAUGCUCCAGCAACAACGACAUCGGCCAGCUAACGGAACUGCACAGCGGAAGCUCCGCCAACAACGGUGGUCCACACUCUCCCGGUUCACCGGAUCGACAGUUUUGCAGUUCGACGACCUCGGCGAUCGGUGACUUUGGCAGCGACAGUACGAACCAGGAUGCGAUAAAGGAAGAAAUACCUCGCCGGUUGUGUCUUGUGUGUGGUGACGUGGCCAGCGGAUUCCACUACGGUGUGGCAAGCUGUGAGGCUUGUAAAGCAUUUUUCAAACGGACCAUUCAGGGUAACAUCGAGUACACGUGCCCAGCUAGCAACGACUGCGAAAUAAACAAGAGGCGGCGAAAAGCGUGUCAAGCCUGCCGAUUCCGCAAGUGUCUUUUGAUGGGUAUGCUGAAGGAAGGUGUCCGGUUGGACAGGGUACGCGGAGGACGUCAAAAGUAUCGACGAAAUCCUUGCGCAAAUCCGUAUCAGCUUCAGCUGACUCAGUCCAGUUCGCAGUACACACCGCAAACGUUGGAAGAUAUCAAAAUUCUUGAAGUAUUAUCGUCUUUCGAACCGGAUCCACUGACCAUUGGGCACGGAUUUGAUCUUAUGAACAGUAACGGCAGCAGCAGUAGUGAUCACGACGGUGACGGCAAGGCUACUGACUCUCGUAUGCCCAUGGGUGCCGACGCACAGGAGAUGCUUAGCGUGCUUAGUGAUAUCUACGACAAAGAGCUGGUCGGUGUGAUCGGUUGGGCGAAACAGAUCCCCGGCUUCACCGAUCUGCCCCUGAACGACCAGAUGCGAUUACUGCAGGUCAGUUGGGCGGAACUGCUGACGCUGAUGCUAGCGCACCGAUCAAUACCGUUCUCUGGUAAGCUGUACUUUGCGACUGACUUUUGGCUCGAUGAACGAUCCGCCAAAGAGUGUGGCGCUUUGGAUUUAUAUAAUCAUCUCGCGCAGAUUACCCAACGACUAGAAAAGAUCUCGACAACUAAAGAGGAAUACUACCUCCUGAAGGCGCUAUCUCUGUCGAACUGUGAUAUCCGGUUGGAUAACUACGGCGCGUUGAAGAAGAUACGAGACAGCAUCCUGUAUGCGCUGAACGACUGUGUACUGCUGCUAAGGCACAACCAGGCAGUUUCCCAUCAACAGCAGCUACUGUUGCUCCUGCCCUCACUCCGCCAGGCCGACUACAUUAUCCGCAAAUUUUGGACAAACGUGCACAUAGAGGGCAACGUCACCAUGAACAAGCUGUUCGUAGAGAUGCUGGAAUCGGUAUCGCGAUAAGCCCUUUGCGUCCUCGUGAGUGAAUUGAGCUAUACUUUGUAGCUGCUCAUUCUCACCCUCCGCUCUGCUGCGGAAAUCCCGGUGAUCUCUAUCAUCACACACGCAUACACACUAUCACAUACUGACGACAUAAACUCAUCCAACGAGAAGAAGUGACGAAGAAAAAUUAGUAGACUCUAACAUCCCAUGUUUCCCGUAGAACGCCCCAGUGCUUGACUUAAUGCGUUUCCUUCUAACGCAAUCCUUCUAGAUCUGUAGACGAUCUAAUCGUGGGAAGAAGACAGGAGGGUGCAGUUUGAAGCAAUGAAAAGUUUUACAGUUUAUAAGGUCGUUACGUUUUUUUUACCACACAUUAGAAAUUGUAAGAGACAUUAGUCGUUAAGACAGCUCGAGGAAAUGUGUACCACGAGCGUAGUUUUUUUUAAUCGAAAUUGUACCUUUUCUUUUUUAACUUCAAAUUUUUAAAUGUGCUACCCUAGUUCACGGCAAUGAAGUCAAUGAAAAUUACGGUAUUCGGUUUUGCUUAUUGAA